AUGAUGCAGCAUAGCUUAAAAGAUAAAACAGUGAUUAUUACGGGUGGCGCUAAAAACCUAGGUGGUCUGAUCGCGCGAAAAUUUGCAGAACAAGGAGCAAAUCUUAUCAUUCACUACAACAGUCUAGAAACCCAAAAAGAUGCAGAAGAAACACUCAAAGCCGUUGAACAACUUGGUGUUAAUGCAACGUUGAUACAAGCAGACCUCUCUAAUAUUCAAAAUAUCGAAACAUUGUUCAUCAAAGCCAAAGAAAUCUUCGGUGGGGUCGAUAUCGCGAUUAAUACCGUAGGACGCGUACUUAAAAAACCAUUGAUUGAAACAACAGAACAAGAGUUUGAUUCAAUGAAUGACAUUAACAAUAAAAUUGCCUAUUUCUUCAUCCAAUCUGCGGGUAAACAUCUUAACAAUGGUGGAAAAAUUUGUUCUAUCGUGACCAGUCUUUUAGCAGCCUACACAGGAUUAUAUUCAACUUAUGAAGGCUUAAAAGCACCUGUGGAGCACUAUACACGUGCAGCAUCGAAAGAGUACGGCGAUCGUGGUAUUUCCGUCACUGCUGUUGCACCGGGUCCAAUGGAUACACCAUUUUUCUAUGGUCAAGAAGCGCCUGAAGCAGUGGCCUAUCAUAAAUCUGCCUCUGCACUGGGUGGUCUAACCAAGAUUGAAGAUAUUGAACCUUUGGUACGCUUUUUAGUGACAGAGGGUUGGUGGAUUACAGAUCUGAUGAUUCCGAUCUACCCAUUCUGCAGUCAGUGCAAUGUUCGGAUAAAGCUCAACAUCUCAGCAGAUAGAUCCAGCUUUUGA